UGGAAUUCAUUUCCCCAACUUUUUGGUUGUGUGCCACACUGCCAGCAGGCUGCCAGGGUAUGUUUUGACUGGAUAUCUACUCUCAAAAGUCCAUAGUGUUGGACUCCCGGCCUAUUUUCAUUUCUUCUUUUGGUUGUAGGCUUCUAGCUACCUGCGUCUUCAUUCUGAAGGAAGGUCUGCCUAACUUUAACCCAUUAAUAAUACAAAAUAGACUCGUAAUGAAAUAUACUCGUCUCUGAUGAACAAACAUGAGGAGCUCUCAGAGAAUUGGAGUCAGACACUACAGCAAAUCUGAUGUUCCAAGACUACGCUGGACACCUGAGCUUCACCAGCGCUUUGUAUCGGCCGUCGAUCACCUCGGCGGAAAACACAAAGCGACGCCAAAGCGUAUUCUACAACUGAUGAGCGUAAAGGGACUGAUGAUAUCUCAUGUCAAGAGCCAUCUUCAGCAGAUGUACAGGAGCGGCAAUUGCAGCAAAAAUAUUGAAGCUCUUCUAUCUGGAAAAGGUUUACAAGAUCAAGAAAGGAAAUACUUGAAUGAUAUGAACAUCUUUUAUCCAUCCAGUGUUAAAGAAAACACCCAUUGGAUCUCUGUGUGUACCCACAGUUGCUCCCCACAUAAGACAUUAUGGGAUGAAGUAAGAGAAUGUGAAUUUAAGAUGGGAGAUUGUGUACAUGAAGCAUUUUGGAGAAAAAGCUAUGACUUCCCACAGACGAGAGAUAAUGCAGAGAGCUAUGAAAAUCAGCCUACACUAGCAAGCUCUCUUGAUGGAGUAUGGAAGAAAGAAGAUUUUUUUAGUCGUCCAAGUAAAAGUUGUGAGCUGUCACUAUCCUACACUGCCCCACUUGGGAAAAUUCAGAGGGAGGAAGAGCGAUGGCACUUAGACAAUUAUUCCUCUCAGACUAACAGAAAAGCAGAUGAGACAGGCAACAUACACUUCAACUGUUUCAAGGAAAGUGAUUUAAACCUAGAGCUAACCAUCUCAUCUUCCAUCUCCUAACCCAAUGGAGAAACAAAAUAAAAUGUUCUUGAGAGUCAUGUUAAAGCUUCUGCUGGUUCUCUUAAUAAACUUUUCUAUUAGCA